AGAAAUUCCAUCACUUGCAUAUGUGUAUAUAUGACGGCCUGGGCUGUGUGGCUUGCUACUCGUCUUCUUCCUUCGCUGCCAUUGUUAGACCGUCAAGCUUUCCAUCCAUGGAGACAAUGCGAGGUACUAUAGCGCCGGCGGGGAUCCUCCUAUGUCUCACCUUUUGCUCUGUGCUCGAGCAUUCAUGCUCGCAGAUGUUCCCGUUCCCCAUCCCGUUCUUCGGCCCCUCCUACACGAACCAACAAGAUGUUGAUGCAGUGAAUGAACUGUACGUGUCGCUGGGCUUGCCGGACCUCCGUGGAUGGUCUGCCUCGGGAGGAGACCCCUGCGAGGAGAGGUGGCAGGGGGUGCAGUGCGUCGGCCCCAACAUAACCGCAAUAGAGCUCCGAGGCACGGGGCUAGAAGGGAAGCUGAGCGAUGCACUGGGGAAGCUCAAUGCCAUCACAAGAUUAGAUAUAUCGUCGAACAAUCUCACUGGCAAGCUCCCGGACACGAUGGCGAAGCUCGGAUCCCUCUCGACGCUGCAUGUGCAGAACAACAGGCUAACCGGGACGCUUGAUGUGCUAGGAGAUCUUCCCCUGAAAGACUUGAACGUAGAGAACAAUCUUUUCUCAGGACCAAUCCCAGAGAAGCUGCUCACCAUCCCAAAAUUCCUAAAAAACGGCAACCAUUUCACCCUUCCGGGGUCCUCUCCGUCUUCGUCGUCGUCCACAUCGCCUCCUUCAGCUGCACAACCUCAUAUAAAUGUAAUUCCAGCAGUUACUUCACAGGGCACCGCAGACAGUGGUGGUCCACGACAUGGCAAGAAGGUCUCCCCGGCAAAGGCUGCCGGAUUCAGCGUUCUUGCUGCCGGUUCGCUGACCUUUGCCGUCCUCGUGACCAUGUUCACCGUGUCGAAACAGCGGCAGGAGAGGUCCACCCAUGGAGGGUAUCUGAGAAGAAUUGUGAUGAACACACCGAGCUGGCCUCCCAUGUUAGAUGCAGCUGCCAACCUUGAGAAAGAACACUGCACAGUAGUCACCGCAGAGGAAGAAAUUGUGGGUCCAUCGGCACAUCCACCUGUGAAGAACAGCAGCAUGUCAACCAUUGUUGCAGACAACACUGUCCAGGGAAGUUCAGAAGAAGACAGCCAGUCUGAUCUGCAGUUUCCUUUCAGGUUCUUCACGCUCGCAUCGCUGCAACAAUGUACUGACAGCUUCGGUCACGAGAAUCUAAUGCGAGAAACCCGGCUUGGCAAAGUGUACAUAGCAGAUCACCCAGAAAGCAAGUUGGCGGUGCUGAAGCUCCGCGACACGGCGGCGGAAAUGGCGACCGACGAGUUCCUGGAGAAUGUUCAGACCAUCGCCGGACUCGAGCACCCCAACGUCGAAGAGCUCGUGGGGUGCUGCGUGGAGCACGGCCAGAGGCUGCUCGUCUACAAGCACUUCAGCGAUCACACACUGGACGACAUGAUCCACGGCGACAGCUUUAAGUUCCCGUGGCACGCUCGGAUCGCCGUGGCCCUCGAUGCCGCCAAGGCGCUCGAGCACCUCCAUGGCUGCGGCGGCGGCGGAGGCUGGGAUAGUCAGGCCGCCGUCGUCGUCCACGGGAGUUUCAGGCCGGAGCACGUCCUCAUCAGCGGCAGCGAGAGCGAGGCGCGGCGGGUGCGAGUGUCCGGAUGUGGCCUCACCCCUUUCGCGCCGCCGCCGCCGUCAGGCACUGGCGAUUCAGAGCUCUGGCGCGACGACGACGACGGUGGCGGCGGCGAUCGGCCGGUGAGGGCUGCCAUGGGCGACGUCUACGAUUUCGGGGCGGUGAUGCUGGAGCUGCUGACGGGGCGGAGGCGCCAUGAGGGCGCGCGGCGUCCCCAAGGGGAGAGGGACCUGGUGCCGUGGGCCGCCGCGCGGCUGCACGACCUGAGCGCGCUGCGGCGGAUGGCCGACCCACGCCUCUUCCUCGGCCACGGCGGCGGGGCGUCGAUGUCGGUCCCGGCCGUCAGGUCCCUGUCGCGGUUCGCGGACAUCGUCAGCAGGUGCGUGCAGAGGGAGGCGGAGUUCAGGCCGGCGAUGGCGGAGGUGGUGCAGGACCUGAGGCGCGCCAUGGAGGAGGCGGCGGCGGUCGAGAGCUAACGCCGGCGUAGGUGUAGUCGGUUCAAGCGUAUGCAAAUUCUCUUCGGUAAACACACAUAUCUGAUGGAAAUCAAUGUGUACAAUCAGAACAAACAGCAUCCAUUCGUGGCUGCCUCCGGCCAAAUUAAGCAUGGCCAUUCUCGACGCCAUUGUGAAGGACAUGCACUUAUAAUGAACGAUAAAACUGUCUUCUCUUA